AAGUAUGGCCGCUACCGAGUCAGGAUGCGAUCAUUAUGUACGCAAUUGUUCUCUGAAAGCACCAUGCUGUGGGAAGUUUUAUGUGUGUCGGCUGUGUCACGAUGAAGAAGAGUCUCAUCAGAUGGACCGUUUCCACGUGAAGGAAGUGAGAUGUGGCGUCUGUAGCACAGUCCAGGAGGUGCAACAGUGGUGCCAAGAGUGCGGUAUUAAAUUUGGGGAAUAUUACUGCCAUAUCUGCCAUCUGUUUGACAAAGACAAGAAACAGUACCAUUGCCAGCCCUGUGGGAUAUGUAGGAUUGGUCCAAGAGAGAAGUACUUCCAUUGUUUGAAAUGCAAUCUGUGCUUAGCCCGUGACCUACAAGGGAACCACAAGUGUGUUGAGAAUGUGUCAAGACAGAACUGCCCGGUCUGUAUGGAUGAUAUCCACACAUCCAGGAUAGGAGCACAUGUUCUUCCCUGCGGUCAUCUCCUGCACAAAACUUGCUUUGAGAACAUGUGCACAACUGGAGUUUACCGAUGUCCUCUCUGCAUGCACUCGGCGCUAAACAUGGAAGAAUUCUGGGAACAGCGAGAUGAGGAGAUCGCUCAGUCUCCCAUGCCCAGCGAGUACCAGGAUGCCACUGUGAAGAUCAUCUGUAAUGACUGCCAGGCCAGGGCCACGGUGCCCUUCCAUGUGCUGGGGAUGAAGUGCAUCAGCUGUGGCUCCUAUAACACAGCUCAGAACAGCGGCCUCAUCCAGUCGCUGCCUCCCGACGACCAGCCAGAGUGAUACCAUGGCAACACGACGACCAGCCGGGGUGAUGCCAUGGCAACACGAUGACCAGCCAGAGUGAUGCCAUAGCAACACGAGGACCAGCCAGGGUGAUGCCAUGGCAACACGACGACCAGCCGGGUGAUGCCAUGGCAACACGACGACCAGCCGGGUGAUGCCAUGGCAACACGACGACCAGCCGCGUGAUGCCAUGGCAACACGACAACCAGCCGGGUGAUGCCAUGGCAACAUGACGACCAGCCAGAGUGAUACCAUGGCAACACGACGACCAGCCAGAAUGAUGCCAUAGCAACACGAGGACCAGCCGGGGUGAUGCCAUGGCAACGCGACGACCAGCCAGAGUGAUGCCAUGGCAACACGACGACCGGCCGGAGUUCUGCCUUUUCUGAGCAGUGCACUGGCUCCCAACAAGAAACCUCAAGAUGACCAGUCUGUGAUUAACCAGCACUACUGCAUUCAACCAUUCACAACUCUCAAAUGCUUUGUGCUAAUGUAGUUUAAAAAUCAAUACCAGUGAAGCUUAAGCAGCCAAAAUGAAUUUGAUUGACACUUUUUCCAUUUGUACAUUGACA